UCUGAGUGUAUAUCUAUGAUGUACUUCUAUAUGUAUAUGUAAAUACUACAAAAUAAUUAUAAAUGUUAGGUGACAAUGGAAUACCUUAAAAGUAGCAUUAAAUCAGUUCUUGGUACUCCAAAUUAUGAAGGUCAAUUAUCAGGUGCUGAAAUAGUCGAAAAACUGGUAGACAGAAUACUUUCAUCCACAUUACUUGAUGAUAGAAGAGAUGCUUGUCGAGCUUUAAAAGCUCUCUCUAAAACUCAUAGAGUAGACGUAGGUACACGUGGAAUGGAUGCGUUGAGACAAGUUAUAUUUGUUGAUGAAACCGAUUGUGAAAUAAUAGGAUUGGCCUUAGAUACAUUAUGCAAUAUAACGAGUCCAAAAAUUUUUAAUGAAGAAGUGGAUGUCCAUGUGUCCAAUCAUAAUGUUGGAGAACAGUUUACCGAAAUAUUUAUCAAAACGCAUACAAGUAUUUGUCAAGUUUUAAAAUUUUUAGAAGAGUUUGACUUUCGAGUUAGAUGGUCAGCUCUGAGAUUGCUAACCAACUUAGUUGUCAAUAAACCAAGAGAUAUACAAGAAAUAGUAUUAAUAAGUACUAUGGGUGUCUCUAAGUUAAUGGAUGUACUUAGUGACAGCAGAGAAAUCAUAAGGAAUGAUGCUCUUUUAUUAUUGAUACAUUUAACAAAAGGAAACACCAAUAUUCAAAAGAUUGUUGCAUUUGAGAAUGCAUUUGACAGAAUAUUUGAUGUUAUUUUACAAGAAGGUAAUAUUGAAGGAGGCGUGGUAGUAGAAGAUUGUUUAUUACUAAUGAUCAAUCUUUUACGUGGAAACUAUAGCAAUCAAAACUUUUUUAAAGAAGGUAGUUUCAUCCAAAGGUUAGCACCAAUGCUUCAAUUGUCUACAAGCUGUAGUAAAGACACGUUAUUAGGAUGGAAUGACCAAAAAAAAUCAAAUAUGCACUGUAUAAUACAAGUUAUACGUUCUUUAGUGGCACCAUGUGGACCUAUUCAGUGUAUUACUAGUUGUCAAAAGUUAAUGGAAUCAUGUGGUUUAUUACGAAUUCUUUGUGAAACCCUCAUGGUAAAUGGCGUUCCAGCUGAAAUUUUAUCAGAAGUAAUAAAAAGUAUUGCAGAAAUAAUUCGAGGUAACAAAAAAAAUCAAGAUUACUUAGCGCAAAUCAUGGCUCCGAGUAGUCCAACACGUUCAGUAAUUAUUGUUCUACUAAUGUCAAUGGUUAAUGAAAAACAACCCUUUUUUUUACGAUGUGCAGUAUUAUACUGUUUUCAAUGCUUUUUGUAUAAGAAUGCUGAAUUGCAGAUUAAGUUUUUAUACACUCUACUUCCACAAAAUAACGAAAGUUCUUCUUUAACAACAGUCAUACCCCUGAUACGUCAGAUGUGCAUGGCUGCCAUUACUGCAGUCAGUAACGUGGUGCUCAAGGUCAAAUGGCUGAAUGUCCUCUCGGUACUCAUACAGAACAUAUUAAGCAUUUUUAAAAACAUACUCUACGAGUUAACUUACUUUAUGCUCAACAUCAUGCUUUUACGUCUUGUCAUGUUGGCCCUAGCCGAAAAAAUGGCCACAUGUGGAAUAGUUAGAUCUGUCAUGGACGCGAGUAAAGCGAGUACUGAUGUGCCAGAAAAAUCAUUCAGGGCCAGGAAAACUGGAGAAGCUGCAUUAUGUCAAAAGGGUCUAUCUGGCCCAACCAUAUUCCGUAAGACACCUCAGCUGCACCAGGAUAGCUCUGAUCUUAUGGAACAGUAUGACCAGCUGCUUGUAACGUUUGUAAACAUCACUAAAUAUAGAAAACAGCGUACCCUGUUUACAAACAUCCACGCAGCUUACAUGGUACAGAUUGUUAAUAAAAUCAUGGUUACAAAACAAGAUCACGGCAUAAAUAUGCUAAGGUAUCCAUCAUGA